AUGGCGGAUGUCGCUUCGAGCAAGCCCAGUGCUAUUCACGAAAAGGAGAGACAUCAAUUACUAAAUAAUUUAUUAGGAUCAGUGAAACAGUGUCAAACUCGAUUUGGUGGAAGAUCAGAGCUCGCUACCGAAAGCGACCAAUUGGUUUUUAAUUUAUGUAGGUCUCUAGAAGCUGUGCUUAAUCAUGGUCUUAGAAGUAGGCCACAACCGAAAAAUUCAUCAACCUUUGAACAGGUGACUGGUCUCGUAGCCAAUACUUUUCGAUACUCUAAAGAAGUUCCGUGCUUUUGGCACUAUGUUAAACAACAUUUAAAUAAACAUGAAUUAGAAAGAUUUUCGUCUUUAAAAGAAGUAUGGACAGAUGUUGGUAAAGGUCGAGCUUGGCUUCGUUCUUCUUUAAAUGAAAGGUCUUUAAAUAGGUAUAUGCAAAGUCUGUUAUCAAAACCAGAUGAUGCAUUAGUAUAUUAUCAUGAGUGGUCAUUAUUGCUUGAUCAAGAAUUAAAUUCAACACUGCCAAACAUUGCAGCUGGAUUAAGUUCAGUAUUUUUUGCCAUUGGCAUCAAUGAAAAAAAAUUAAAUGGAAGCAUUGAAAAUGUUGAUGAUUGCCAUUUAUCAAAAUCUGAACCGAUUUUAGUAAUUCCUGUUAAAGAAGCUCAAACAAAUCAUAGAAGGAGAAAAACAACAGGACAGGUUAUAUCAUUUGAAAACGAUGUUGAAGAUGAAAAUUUGCUCGAUAGUUACAGUGCUCCUCCAACGUGUUUAUCAUCUUCAGCUCAGUCUGCCAGUUAUCUUUGCUCAUCAUCUGAGCAAAAAUCAUUUGAUUAUUUUUAUCCAGUAAAAAAACCAGAUCAAACUUCACACAGUUCAAAUGACUCUUCAUUUCAAGAUUUUGAUUCGAUCAGUAAAAUAGAAUCGAUAGUUGAAGAAAAACCAGUAGAGGUUAUGCGAACAUUGAUUCCUUUAAACGAUAAUGUCGGUGAAUUAAUUUUGAUCAGCGAAGAUCAAAUUUCUGAAGAUGUUGUUGACAAACCUUUUAAAGCAGAAGAUAUAGAAACAGUUUUAAAUUCAUUGGAAGAAGUUAAAGAUAUUAAUUCAAGGUUAAAAACUAAAUUAGUGUCAUUGGCUCAACAGAAAAAAGAAGAAAAUUCUAAAUUGCAAAGUAGACUUCAAACUUUAACUAGAGAAAAUGAAGUUCUCAAACAUCAAUUGAGAAAAUAUGUCGAAGCUGUACAGAUGUUAAAUAAAGAUGGAACUGCUGCUCAUGAAGCUCUGGCAUGUUUAGAAGCAGGAAAAGAUGCACUCUUAGAUAGAGCAGAAGCUAUGCAAUACGAACAAAAACUUGUUCAAGUUGCUGAAAUGCAUGGCGAAUUAAUAGAAUUCAAUGAUAAGUUGCAAAGAAUCAUACAAGCGAAGGAAAAUGUUAUAAAACGAUUGGAAAGAGAAUUAACGGAUUUAAGAGGACCCAUUCCAAGUACUUUACUUUGGGAAGAAGGAAUCAUUUCAUUUCCUGAAAUAUUAAUUAAUAUUUGCAUUCCAUCUGUUUUCCUUACCGGAGGAUCAUCAGAUAUUCAUCACGUUUAUCAGGUUUGCGUAAGAAUAAGAGAUAACGAAUGGAAUAUUUAUAGACGAUAUAAAGAAUUUUACAAAUUACAUAAAGAUCUCAGAAAAGAAUAUCCAAUGGUGGGAACUUUGGAUUUUCCACCGAAGAAAACCGUCGGUAAUAAGGAUGCAAAGUUUGUUGAAGAAAGAAGGAUACGAUUGCAACAUUAUCUACGUCAGAUGAUUGAUGUUGUUUCGAAAUCCAGAUCGGAUUUAGCUGAUUCGAAAAGUCUCUCGAUGAUUAUUCCAUUUUUUUCGUAA